AUGGGAAUUAGCUACCGCCAAAGUGACCAAUCACAGUGUUUCAUGCGUCCAUACCGCAUUGACCACCGGCCACCGCUCCGAAUUGUUAUAUUAAAUUCCCAACUGAUUUCAUAUGAAAUUAACAUAAUUAUAAUUUUAAUUACUGUAAUGAUAAUUACAGAACAAAUAAACUUCAUUAUAAUAAAGAAAAUUCAAAAAUAUGUGUAUGUUUUGAUAAUUUUAUUUCCUUUAGUGCUAAUCUGAAUAAUCACAAUUUUAGCAGAAACUAAUCAGACCCCCUUCGAUUUUUCAGAGGGAGAAUCAGAAUUAAUUUCAGGAUUUAAUAUUGAGUAUAGAGGAACUAGAUUUAUAAUGCUUUUCCUUUCAGAAUAUUGUAGUAUUUUAAUUAUGAGAUCGUUAACUAUUUUUAUAUUUACAAACCUAGAAUCUACUAGUGCAAGAUUUUAUGUUAGAUAUUUGAUUAUAUGCUUUAUCUUUGUGUGAACCCGGACAACCUUACCUCGAUUUCGGUACGACAAGCUUAUAAAGUUAAACUGAACCCAAAUUCUUCCAUUAACAACCCUUAUUCUGUUCAUCUCCUUCCCGAUGCAUCAUUGGUGA